AUGGCUUCCAAAGUCAAGCGCUCCUAUACCGGCUGCUUGACUUGCAAGAGUCGCAAGUUGAAAUGCGACGAGGCGAAACCGUCAUGUCGCCAUUGCGUGAAGGCAUCUCGUGAAUGUACAUAUGGUGACCAACAUAUCUUUCGGAGCCAACCAAUUCAUUCGACGCCAAGGCGCAAACGAAAGGACAGGCGCAGUGUCCAGCAAGACGAGAGUCCUGUGUUUGAAGAGGGCCACACAUGGCUCGAGGUUCCUUCAGAGUUGACCUUUGUUCAAAUCGAAGAUCCCUGGGCGCAUGACAACGCGGGCGUUGAAAAAUACCCCAGAUAUGUCUCUUAUAGAGAGGACGACGUAAAUGAUGAUGAUCAAAAUAACGACACAGAUAUUGGAGAGCAAACCAAUUUCUCCAGCCAUUAUGCGACACCUGGCUUUGUUUCGAUGCAUGCUUCUCCCAUUCCUUAUGUGCCUUCGCUGGAUACGCCCCACAAAAGUGCAUCCCCCGCAUACUCCGAGUCGGCAAAUCAUUCCGAGUUCGAUAUUUUCGACAAAGUGGUGAUUUCAUAUCUCGUACGGCACUUCAAAGAGGGUCCAGGCCAAUGGUGCGUCUUACAGCUUGAGAAAGAGUUAAGCAGUUGUUAA